UCAUUCCUUGCACGAUCACCCCCGUCAGGAGCUCAGUUGCCCACCGCCGCGACGCCAACACGGUACGCACUUCAGCAUCUCGCAAGCCCCGUUGACUCACCUCCACGCGUUCUCAGCUUCUACCUAUUUGCUGACCCCGAGCGACUCCUUGACCCUUGCGCUUUUUCGGGAUCUUCGUAGAUUCGUGCGAGUCGUCGUCUCGUGUGCUACGGUGCUCAACGGUAUGGUGAUAUUGACCUGAAAAAAAAAAUAGAAGAGAUAACGGAGGAUCAAGGAGAAAAACGUUUUGAGGAGAGAAAGAGGAAACGAGAAGAAAAAAAUUUAAAAAAAAACAGAAGAGGGUAAACUACUAUUGGAUGAUGAUAAAGUAAUGGCUUUGCAUACCUGAUUGACAAAUUUUCCAAGAUUUCAUUCAGUGAUAAGGGAAGACGUCGGCUUAUGUGAUAUCGCUACGCAUCCUGGGAGCCCCGCGACCCUGCUGCUUGCUGAAGGCACUCUUCAAAGACGUAUCGGAAGACAAAGAAAGGGAGCGCAUCCUCUGGUUCAUCCUAUGUCACUUAUUGAAUUUUCGUUUUGUUAUUCUGGUGUGGCUGGCUGCUGGUAGAAAGAUACGCCUAGAUGGGGCACCGUUCUCAACCAUAAUUUACAGUGUGCUUGGUAAUUAUACGAAGGAUUAGGCCUCGGUGUCCGUGUCUCCUUAUUUCGAUUGCUAAGGAGCACGCGAGAAAAGAGAAGGCAGCUCAUUGCGAUACCGUUAACGACCAAACAAGAAAAGUCAAAGAAAGGGUACAGUUAAAAAAUUUCUUGGAGUAGCUGUCGAGCAGGCUCAUCGUUCUUUGGAACACGUGGGAUAUGUCAGGAUUUACUCUGGGAUCUUGUUGCCGAUAAAUCACUUAUUCGAAUAAAGAAUAAAGAAAGUAUAGUUACCAUGGUUUGGAGUUAUUGAGAACAAGCUAAAGCUCCAUCCCCGGCGGUGUCCUUAACAGGAAGGCUGCGUUUCAUAAGAAUAAACUCGAACGAUUGAAACUGAUCGUAGGGUCUUCAAAUAACUACUAAUAAUUUCGUACCUGAUUACAACGAACUUCUUCGCAGUCACCGAAAAGAGAAGCAAAGUCCUGAACUUGCGUUUAGGUAUACAAACGUAGCCAAGUGAGGAACAAAUACAGGAGCAACAUCAUAACGCGCUCGGGUUGCCGUCGCUAGUUGAAGACUAGCCGAAGGAUUUCUCGAAAGCGGCCGUCGGUACCAAAGUCACUGGAUUUCAACAGUCCGUCGCUGACAUUCCAUCGAAGAUAAGUCGAAUUUUCAUAAAAAUAAUAAUUUUAUCACGGCUUGUCCUUGCCUACUGGUCGUUCUCGUGAUAAGAGUCUAAAACCAUUAGAUUAUGGAGAUUUAUGAAAAUACCUAGGACCAUUGAUGGUCCUCCACAGAGAAUCACGGAGAAAUAGAGUUAUCAAUAUAUGUUAUCGGGUUAUAUCAGAUAAAAGUAAGGGGUCAGAGUAUCAACAAACAUACCUAGUUCUACCAGAGACUAGUUUUGGAAAUUAUAAAUAUUCAAGUCUCAUACGGAUACACGCCAAAGCGUCGGCAGCCAUUACCAGACUGCGUGUACGUUACAAGGGUAAUUUCCGAGGGCCUACAAAUUUGCAAGAAUCUACACUUUUGCACUGCUGAUUACCAUGAGUGUUCUCCGGUGAGUUCAAAGUGGGACCAGGUAGUAGAAAAGAGGUUCGCGUCAUCCUUAACGAAACAAGUAGAUAAACGACAAAGUCCAGGAAUCAACGGUGCAGAAUUACGUUAGAAUAUUUUGCAAGGUUUUGCAUUAUUUUGCAAGCAGAAAAAAAGUUAUAUCGAAUCUAAAAAGGUCCAGUGUCGUUCUCGAUGAGAAUCGCCCCAGCGUAUUACGAUCUACGUGAGUUCCAUUAAGAAGCAAGAUCAGACAGAUCAAUAUCCACAAAUCAGCGAUCAUCCAAUCGACUGUGCACGCACCUUUAAACAUCGAGUAAAGUGUUUUGGUGGUGGUUGUGGUGGUGCGAGAAAUUGAACGCCAGCUCGCGUGUACUUAUCCGCGUGAUAAGCGAUGAUAGUUUGAGUGUCAAGGACUCGUGGUCGAAGAAGAGUCCAAGAUGCCGCAGCGAUCGCCAUUCGCGAUCAAGGAGCUGCUGGGUCUGAAUGGAGGAAGUGGAAAUGGCAACGGUGGUAGCGAUCUGGGAUCGCCGCAAGGUUCACCCCCAGCGGGAGUAUCGGCAGUGUCUUAUGCGCCGACUGCCCCCCAUCACAAACUUUGGGACUAUAUGCCCAGCCUAACUAACCACCUAGGGAAUUUAGGCAAUCUAGGGAAUCUGGGUAACCUGACGGCAUCACGGAUGGCAUAUUUGAACGCCCAGGCAGCAGUUGCAGCGGCAUUUCUGCCGCCACCUCAUCCUCACCCUGCGCAUCACGUCGCGCAUCACCAGGUCCAUCAACCGGGUCAGCUUUCGGCUUCGCCAGGAGUUAACGUACAUCCGGCUGCGCACGCGCAACACGUACUUCCGGGCACGUCUGUCGCUGCGAAUCAUCAUCAACACAGCCCAAGUCAACACACACCCCCUCACGGAUUUUCACAGUCGAAGAAUACCUUUUCGAACACGAGUCCUGGCGUCGGGCAUAAUAUCGAGUCGGGCAAAGACUUCACAGUCGACGGACUUCCUGGUUACAGUAAAAAGAAGAAGAAAAAACGUCGUCAUAGCUCCAGGACGAUCUUCACGUCCCAGCAGCUGGAGGAGCUGGAAGCAGCCUUCAAGGAGGCCCAUUAUCCGGACGUCUACGCCCGUGAGAUGCUCAGCCUUCGAACGGAUCUUCCCGAGGACAGGAUACAGGUGUGGUUUCAAAAUCGAAGAGCAAAGUGGCGCAAAACGGAAAAGUGCUGGGGCAGAAGUACCAUAAUGGCGGAAUAUGGACUCUACGGUGCCAUGGUGCGGCAUUCUCUGCCGCUGCCGGAGACCAUCUUGAAAAGUGCCAAGGAAAAUGAAUCUGUCGCACCCUGGUUGCUCGCGCAAUCGUCUAAGACAAGCAGCUUUAGCCAAGAUUUCGAAAAUAAUCAAGAACUGAUUGACUGUGGGCCCGUAGGGAUGCACCGAAAGUCGAUCGAGGCGGCGGAGCAUCUCAAGUCGGGGGGUGAGGAUAGUGGAAAUGACCAUACCGGAAGCGGAAGCAGCCCUCACCACAACCACCACCAGGGAGGACCAGCCAGCUCUGAGAGUGGACAGGAAAGCCAAGACGGAAUGGGACCUUCCUCCUCCACAGGCGUCCAGGACACCGAACAACUCAGAAACGAGAGCAUCGCGUGUCUCAGGGCAAAAGCUCAGCAGCAUCAGCUGCAACUGAGCUUGCAGCCCUCGACUGGACCCGGAAACACGUCAUAUCCGCCGGCACCGCAAACGAGCACGCUCCACGCUUCGGUUUAAUCCGAAACCUUCAUGGAUGGAAAAAAAAGCUCCGAGCUUUUUCUUCCUCACCAAGAUCCACUCGACGAACCAGAAUUGCGAUGAUCACCAGGGUUACCUCUUUAUGGGUGGGAUCAGAGGGCACCUCCUGUCACAAGGAUAUCUCGAGUAUUCUUGAUCGCGCCCAUCCGAAUGACGGAAGCGAUCGAAAUUCCAUUAACCCCAAGAAAAAAUGCGAUGGAUCCUCCAUAUUUUAAGAGUCUCGUCUCAUCGAGACGGAAGCGUUAAGACUUUAUGGAUCGCAUGGACGACCAAAUAUGAGAUUCUUAUAUAAAUAACAAAGAAAUCCCAAUUCUACUUAAAAUAAUUAAGGAGCGACCUAAUCCUCGCAAGGGCAUUUGCGUCGGCGCUGAAAAUUAAAAAAAUAUCCAAGUAGGCGCGACGUUCGAUUUCUCGAUCUACCGAUCGAACCAGAACGGGUAUCUAUGUCCUUUCUAGACCUAAAAGAUGUACGCGACGGCAUCGUCGACUUCGCGUGUCUCAAAAGUGCACGUUAAACGAAUCGAAAUAUUUCAACGAACAGUCGACUCCUAAUUCACGUCGUUCGUGCAUACGACGAGUCGGAAAGAACGAAAGAAACAAUGUACCUAAAUGGAUAGUCCCAAUCAACGAAAGGAGACCUCUGUUCGCGAGGUCCAAAUCGAUAAUUAACGAACCGAAGAUAGUAUUCCUUUUUUGUCUUAUUUCCUUAUUCAAGUCAGUCGAAUAGUGUAAAGUCGCAUCGAAACGGCUGAGCAUCUAAGUAUGCCCGUCUUGAGGUCAAAAGUCUUCAGCCUGUAGGAACGAACGAAUCACAUAUAAUUUUCACUGUACUUAGAAAGCGUAAGGGGCAGAACGUGUGUUUAUGUACGUAGGAACGAAACUGGUUAUAAAACAUGUGCAUCGCACGGUAUGCAGAAGCUUCAAUGCAACGACAGAAGGUAAAACGAUUGAAUACGAUUAAGAGAGGAAAUAAGAAAAAGCAACGACCUACUUACAAUUAGAUGUUAGAUCGCUUCGCUAGUGAACGGCCCAUUGUGCCGGACUGUUAUAAAACGGAAAUAACGAAGACCGCCUUCAGACUUGACAAUGGAUAACUAGUCGCAACGAAUGCUAUACCUAGUGACGAGAGACACAUCGAAUCGAUUGGAAAGGACCUAGUGACUUUAUCGAAUUUCUCAAGAUAUAUUAGGAGAGCCCGUUGCGCGAGAAUGAUAUAAGUGAAGAAAAAAUAAAUAUAUAUAAUGUGUUGCGUUCUGAGAAUCGAAGAAAGAAAGGAAGAGGAUGAAGUGAGAAGUGCAUUUAAUAAGAACGUAUGGCUGCGCGUAUGCAUGUACUGAGUGAUUGAAGGUGAUGCGUGCGUGAAGGAAGAAAGAAUAAAAAAAAAGAGAAGAGUAUAGGAAAUGGUAAAAGGAAACUGCGAAUUGCGAAAGAGGACACAAGGUGUUGGUAAGCAUGAUGAAAACUUGAAAAGAAAUCUUAGCGAACACUUCCUAUACCUAAGUACUUAAAAGACGUAACUGUUGUCAAAUGUGCAAUAUAUCGAUAUAAGUUGUAGUACUAAGGCAUUAUACUUUAUUAAUUGAUACCGAGUGGCUCGGAGAGUCAUGGUGCUCUUGGAUUUUGAUAAAUUAACAAGCCAAUCUUGGAGUUCCCUGUCCCUUUGGUCCACUGUAUAUAAAUAUAUAUAUAUGUAUAUGUAGUCACUUCGCGUUAAGUCGGAUGAACUUGUGUAAAUUGUCUAACACGUGGUUUAGAUUAAUUAUUAUUACGUUGCUCGUGACGGACACGACGGACGCAACGAAGCGUUUUGAUUUCGCGCGAAAAAUUAUUGUGACGAUGACGCUUCGGUGCAGUCGGUAAAUGGAGCUUAGAAUUUACUGGAUGAUCCUUCGAACGUGACAAAUUGGUUAAGCGCUGAUGAAAUCGUUUAUGACGGCAGCUAACUUCAGAAUUUCACCGUUUUAACGCGAACGGACUCUAGAUUAUACACGUAAUGUAACGCAGUAUAAUUUAAAAAUCAAUUACGGAAAAAAGUAACCAUAUGUUCUUCAGAAAAAAUAAAUAAUUCAAAGAAACCGCUGUUAUUGUGAAGAUACUUACGGACUGUUCGGAUCUCAUGAAAAUUACAUACGUCCGAGCUUCCCAAACGCAUGCAUAGUUGUCGACUAGUGUACGAAAAAAAAAAAAUAAA